AUGUCACACCAAGUCAAUAUUCGAACAGUUAGCGGAAAUAAACUUAAUCCAUUACUACCAAGUAAAUUUCAACGUGUACAAAAUCGAGCUGCAGCUAUCUGGGAUGCAUGGAAUGAAGAUGGACGUGGUCUUGCUUUGGAAUUGGUGGCUCAUCUACACAGAAUCUCAGCCGAACGAAUCUAUUGUGAUAUUUAUGGAAAUUCAUCAGAUGUUGAUAAACGAUUUGGUAUUGAAGAUUCGACGAAAUUGGAACGUACUCUGCACAUUUCUGUGAAAACAACGACUUCUACCAAAUCACCACUUAAACCGAUCGAGAAUUCUUUAUCUGCUCAUGAACAAAAUAUUCUAAAACAUUGUUCCACCAACAAUACUGCUGUUGAUGAUACUUUUCAUUGUAAAGAAUCAUUGCAUUCCAUCGCAUUAUCAAGCAAAAUGUCCACAAAAAGAUCAAGUACUCAAAUGACCAACACAUGUUCAUCAACGAAUACAAUAUAUUCAUAUCAAACAGAACUUCAAAAUAUAACAUCAGCACAAACAGAAAGUACAUUUGGAAAAGUACAAAAUCAUCAACAAAAUAAUCACUCUGAAUCAUUAACGAUUUCUACCAAUGAUAAACAAACAGUUAAUAAACAUUCAAUGCGACCAUAUCAUCGAACUUCAAUAUCUUCAUUUUCGGAUUUGAUGAAUUGGACUUGUUUAAACCAGCAUGGCAUCGGUCUUGAAAAUUGUGGAAGAAGAAAGAGUCAACAAAAUAUAUGCUAUUUGAAUGCCAUAUUUCAAUGCUUAGCAAAUACUGCUCCAUUUGCACAAUGGUUACUUUUUAAUGCUAAUGGUGAUCAAUCUCGUCGAAUUCAUGAAAUUUCUUCUGUUUUCGUCAUCGGUCGACAGGAAGAUCCAUCGGAAGUAUUUCACCAUCUUCUUGCUCAUAUGACCGAAUGUCUGUCACCCAUCCAUUGGACUCCAAACAUUAAUUAUUUGUCAACAGUUAUUCAGGAUUUAUUUGGUGUACAGUUGCAAUCAUUGGUAGUUUGUGGUGGAUGUCGAAAUGUAACAUCAAUUGAAUGCUGGGAUUCAAUGUGGAACAUUUCCAUCAAUUCAAAAGAAACUCUUUGUCAAUUUCUUACUGAUUUUUGUAAACCGGAGUUAUUAUGCGGUGAGAAUGCUUACCAGUGUUUACAAUGUAAUCAAUUAGUAUCAGCAACAAAAUCUUAUCAUUUAAUUAAAGCUUUACCUAUUAUUGCUAUUCAUUUAAAACGAUUUGUCUAUGACCGACAAACAAAUACAACUAGAAAAAUUAAAACAUUUGUUUCUUAUCCAGCAUUGCUCGAUCUGACUUCAUAUUUUGACAAAAACAGUCAAAAUUUGAAUACAGCAAAUAGCCAAAAUACUUCUUCUAUUUAUGAACUAUACGCUGUCGUUGUCUAUCUUGGUGAAGAACCAACAAGUGGUCAUAUAUAUGCCUACAUUCGAUCACCUGAUGCUCUUUGGUAUAAGGCAAACGACAAAACUAUUACACCAGUGGAUAUUAAACAAGUUUUUACUAAUACAGAUGCAUAUAUGCUAUUCUAUUCAAAAGUAACAGAAGACAAGCUUGUCUUCAAUGAGAUUAUACUUAACUCCAACACAACAUCAUUAUCACAAAAGUCUUCUCCAUUUUCAACUUUAUCUCCACUCGAAACUCACGAAAAUAAGGAAACAACUAAUCAUCAGGAUUUAGUAAAAAUAUCACCAAAUCAAUCUCCUAAACAUCAAUUCAAUUCUUCUAUGCUGAAUGAAUCAUUAGAUACAAAUGUUAGUCAACAAACAACAUAUUCAUUGAACAGUUCCAUUGAAAUCAGAUUCGAUGUAAACAAUGAAAAAGAAAUGAAUAAUGAAUGCUUACGUAUUAAUGAAAACUUACAUUUCAAUGAUACGAAUAAUAACAAUAUCGCUGGUGAUGGUACACUCUCAUCAUCAAUAUCUCAUCGACAACAUUCACGAUCAUCAAUAAUAAUCAACGCUUCACCUGAUAAUCGUUCAAAUACAUCUGAAAGCCAUAUAUCUACUAGUCAGCUGAAUGGUUUUUUUGUUUAA